AUGGACACACUGUAUCCCGUCAGCCUGCCUCCAGAACUCCGGGUGAAUGCAGAUGAGCCUCCAGGGCCUCCUGAGCAAGUUGGACUUUCUCAAUUCCAUCUAGAGUCCAAAACUCAAAAUCCAGAGACCCUGAAAGACAUCCAGUCCUCUUCACUCCAGGAAGAAGCCCCAGCACAGCUUCCACAGCUCCCUCAGGAGGUAGAACCUUCAACCCAGCAGGAGGCCCUGGCUCUGCCUCCAGAGUCCUCUGUGGAGAGUCUAGCUCAAACUCCACUGAAUCAUGAAGUGACAGUUCAACCUCCAGGUGAGGAUCAAGCUCAUUAUAACUUGCCCAACAUUACAGUUAAACCGGCAGAUGUGAAGGUUACGAUGACUUCAGAGCCUAAAAAUGAGACAGAAUCUUCCCAAGCUCAGCAGGAGGCCCCAGUUCAGCCUCCAGAGGAGGUGGAACCUUCUGCAACCCAACAGGAGGCCCCAACUGAGCCUCCAGGUCCUCCUAUGGAUCCUGAACUUUUCCCCAGUGAACAGGAGCAGCCAGCUGAGCCUUCUGAGUCUUCUGGGGAGGUUGAAUCUUCUCCAGCCCAGCAGGAGACCCCAGCUCAGCCCCCAGAACAUCAUGAAGUCCCAGUUUCACCUCCAGGUCACCAUCAAAUGCAGCAUUCAGAUUUUCCCAAUGUCUCUGUUAAGCCUCCAGACGUGCAGCUCACCAUAGCAACAGAGCCUAGUGCAGAGGUGGAAACUUCUCCAGUCCAUCAACUCUCGGCCAGGUAA